CCCGCGGGGCAGGGGGCGGGGCUGGCCCUUAUCUUUACGAGCCGCCCCGCUGCUGGGAGGGCUGGGGCUGCUGUGCCGGCCGGCGGCGGUGUCGGGCGUCAUGAGGCGGAGAGCGGCGUGGGGGUCUCCGCUGUGGGGGCUGCUGGUGGUGCUUUGCGGGGCGACGGCGACGCCGCCGCUGCAGUGCAACGUGAGCCUGGACAGCCCCGCCGAGGAGCGGUGGCUGCCGGUACUGCGGCACUUCGAUCCCGCUUUCCUGCGCGCCGCAGUCGCCCGGCUCAUCGAUGAGAUUGUACCAAAAUGGGUCCAUGAAGUUAUUCGGCCUAUAGCAGCAGAACUGGAGUUCUUUAUGCCCCAGCCCUUCACAGGGGAAAUUCUGGGACUGUGCAAAGCACUGGGAUUAAGUCUGGGAGAUGGAGUUCUGCUUAACUUUGCCUAUGAGUCCACUGCGUUCUGUACCAGUAUUGUUGCUCAGGAUGCUAAAGGAAACAUUUACCAUGGUCGGAACCUGGAUUAUGAUUUUACAGAUAUAUUAAGCAAGCUUACAAUUGAUGUGCAAUUUAUAAAAAGUGGGCAGAUAGCAUAUCAAGGCACUACGUUUUUUGGUUAUGUAGGCUUAUGGACUGGACAAAGCCCACACAAGUUCACAAUCUCUGGUGAUGAACGAGAGGGUGGUAGAUGGUGGGAAAAUGCAAUAGCUGCUUUUCUGAAUCGAAAUUACCCAGUCAGCUGGCUUGUCCGAGACACCCUGAGCAGAGCCCAAGACUUUCAGUCUGCCGUUCUCAGACUAGCUGGCAUUCCCAUCAUUGCUGAAGUAUACUAUAUUGUAGGAGGCGUGUCACCCAAAGAAGGCAUGGUCAUAACAAGGAACAGAAGAGGGCCAGCAGACCUCUGGCCUCUUGAUCCUUUGGGUGGAGCGUGGUUUCGUGUGGAGACAAACUACGACCACUGGACUACCCCUCCUCCUCUCGAUGAUCGAAGAACUCCAGCCAUCAAAGCUCUCAAUGCCACUGGGCAGCAGAAUAUUAAUUUUGAUACACUCUUUCAGGUGUUGUCAGUGAAGCCGGUCUUAAACAAUAACACAGUGUAUACCACAGUAAUGAGCGCUGCAUUUCCAGAUAAGUACAGGACAUGGAUCAGAACUGUGAAGUGAAGAGGUACAAAAUGGGUGAAAAGCUGAAGGUUUCCAAGACCAGCACAUGCUUUUAAAAUUACUCUUAAAAGCGCUACAGUUGUUUUGCAUAUUAAUUACAUGAACCAUUCAGAUAAUGACUUGUUAGUUCUUUGAAGUGUUACCAGAUGAGACUGUUAAUGAACAGUAGUGGAAGUUUGAUUUUAUUUUAACUACAUUGAUGUACUAGCAGGUGUUUAUGGCUAAAAAGUAUUUUUACUGUUUCUGGAAAUAGUUAUUGUGCAUUUUGAAUGUACUGAUGUAUUUACUAAUAAAUAAAAAGUUUAUAUUUUU